UUCGGCGGCGGUGAAAGCGCGGCUGCUUUUCCCGGAAGCGAUUUUCGCCGCUCCGCGCUGGGAGGAGCCCGAGGAGCCCGCAGCCCCCACCCGGAGCGGCCGCUCCUCCCGGAGCCCCGAGCGGGGCCGCGGCGCGGACGAACCGGGGACGCCUUCGCUUCGCCUUUGCCGGCGGAGCCGCUCCCGCCGCGGGCGCUGCUCGGCGCUCCGGGCUCAGCUCCGGCCCCUCGGGCCCUGCCCGCUCCGCGCGGUGACGGCGCCGUUUCCCCCUCCCCUCGCGCCGGGCGGGGACAGCGGGGCACGGGGCCGCGCUCGGGGCGGACUUAGGGACAACCCCCCCCCCCGAGGCCUCGCGCUCGCACGGCGGCAGCUCGCGGAAGCUCCGAAGCAGUAUUUUCCUCUUGAAUUUCAGAACAGAAGCUUCUCGAAGAAGAGCCACCCAUUCCUCCCGAAAAUAUUUAGAAAAAUGUCUGCUCAGUCAGCGAAAGAACGGCCCGAAAGCUUGCGGUUCCCCUUCCUCGACGAUGACGACACCGUCUCCACGCUCAAAGAGUCCAGAACCUUCUUCAUCCUGCGGGGGCUUCCUGGCAGCGGGAAGUCCACGCUGGCUCAGGCCAUUCAGGAGCGGUACAAGGACGCCUGCAGGGUGAUCGCUGCCGACAGCUACAAAAUCACACCCGUGCUGAGGAGCAGCAUCCCAGAAGAAUAUUCCAAAGUGGAUGAGGAUCUAGUUGACUAUUGCAAGCGAGAGAUCAGCGUUAUCGUUUUGGAUGACACUCACCAUGAAAGGGAACGACUGGAGCAAAUCUUUGACAUUGCUGACAAAUACCGCUACAAAGUCAUCUUUGCUGAGCCCAAAACCCAGUGGAGAAUGGAUUGCUCGCAGCUUAAGGAUAAGAACCAGUGGAAACUGACAGCGGACGACCUGAAGAAGAUGAAGCCGAGCCUGGAGAAGGAGUUCCUCCCCAUGUAUUAUGGGUGGUUUUUGAGCAAGAGAAGCUCUGAGAUCCUGAGGAAGGCUGGCCAGGUCUUCUUGGAUGAGCUCGGAAGUCUCAAAGCCUUCAAAAAGGAGAGCAAAUUCUUUACUUCUGAAGAUCCCAAAAUAAAAAUAGAUCUCACCAGCUACUUCGUGAAGCGGCCACCCGGGGUCUUGCACUGCACCACCAAGUACACAGACUUCGGAAAAGCAGCGGGGGCUGAGGAGUACGCGCAGCACGAGGCUGUGCGAGCCUCCUACGGCAAAGGCUUCACCUUGUCCAUUUCUGGUCUGUUUGUCACCACGAAAACUGUCGGAGCUCGCGUGGAGCUGAGCGAGCAGCAGCUGCUGCUGUGGCCCGGGGACGCCGAUAAGGUCCUGGCCUCCGACAGCCUCCCCAGGGGCAGCCGCGCUCACAUCACCCUCGGCUGCGCCAGCGGCGUGGAAGCGGUGCAGACCGGGAUCGAUCUGCUGGAGUUUGUGAAACUGGAAAAGGCGGGGAACAAAGGGGAUGAAAUGGGGGAAAUUGGAGGAGGGAAGCUGCAGUAUUUUGGUAAUGGGAUGUGGAUGCUCGUCCUUUCCAAAAAGAUCGAUGUGAGGGCGAUAUUCUCAGGUUACUAUGGAAAAGGAAAACUCGUGCCUACGCAGAGCACCAACAAACGGGGCUCUGCCUUCAGCUCCUGCACCAUCAUCUAAGAGCGCGGGCAGGGCACCUCCCUCCUUUGUUUUGAGAAGGCAAGUAACUCGGUAACCUUUAAAACUGUAAAGAGAAAUAAUUCUACCUUUACUAAGCAAGCCCUUUCGCCGCCUCAGUACGAAACAUCUCUGGGGAGACAGUUUAUUGGCCUCAGGAAGAAAACAAAGCAACUCCAGGAGAACGGUCAGGUAACCCUCAGUAACCAAAGUGCCGCUGAGCAUUUCUAAAGGGAGAGUGUGGGGAGAACCGGCUCUCGUGGGGCCCUGCUUGUUUUCUUCCUCCGAGGACGAUCUCCCGUUGUCUUUUAUAACUUCCCUAUGAACCACAAUCGUUAGAUCUGUACACGUCAGUGGCGGAGCAGAGCCCGUGCAGAACUGCUCUGAAGCCCAGCGAGCUGCGCAAGCUCCCCCCGCUCCCACGCCAGGCGGACGAACAGCAGCGGUGCUGGGAGCUGCGUCGCCGGGUGAAGGCCAGACCCGCGCGCAGGCUGCUGCGUCUGCGCAGGGCAGCGGCUCCGAGCAGCUUUGUCUGUAAGGGAACUUCCAGCAGCCAGCGGGGCAACCCGGAGCCCACGCGUGUUCCAGCCCCGUUUGUGCAGGGCAGGGCUGUGCUGCUGGGCGCGGGGGGGAAGCGCGGGGCCCGGUGACGCCUCCGAGCCAAAUUCUGUGGACGUGGGGAGAGAAAAACCACAGAAACGGGAACAACGUCGAGGAGCUGCGCCCAGUUCCUGCACCAGCUCCAGGCGCUAAGAACGGGCUGCACCCAGCGCUGCCCAGCGCCUUGUUCUGUAGGGAACAAUCCUGCCUCGGCGGGGAACGGAAGAGAUGAACUAACGUCUUUUCCACCUUAUUUUGUAGAAACUAAAAUCGUGUCUGAAGUAUAGAGCUGUACUUCGUGCAAGGUUUGACUAGCUGUAGCUAAUGCACUGAACGGUAGGAUGGAAGUAACAUUGUAGUUUAGGAAGUAAAGGGAGGGGUUGUAACCGCGUAACUCGAGUCUGCUCCAACCCCAACCGCGGGGUGGGAAGAAGUUAAUGAGCGAGCCCUGCUGUUAUUAAGUCUGUUUCAUUAAAGCUUAUGUUUUUGCUCUUAGUCCGAUCGUUUGCCAGGCAGCAGAUCCGCGGUCACUACUCUGUAACACAAACCUCAACUAACAGCUGUGGGCCCCAACCCGCUGAGCUGCGCCGUGGUUUAAUCCGCAAUUAAUAAAUGGAAAUCCUCACUGUGUCCCACACGCGCGUGCUGGGCUCGGCUCCGUGAAGGUGGGGGGGGGGGGGGAGCACGAAGCAUUGCAGAGCAGCACGGAGCGCCCCGGGGAGCCCGGCCAGCCAAGGAAAACAGCGCCUGCUUCGUUUUUUAAUGAAAAAAAGAGGAGAGUAAAUCCCCAUUCUAACACCACCAACCAAAAAAUCCACGCCUGCACCCCGGGCACCAUCCCCGAUCCCGCCCCUCCUCCACUGCCAGCAGCUGAACGGGGCUGGGCCGCUGCAGCAGGGGAGCUGUGAGCGCAGCCCUUCCCGGCACCAGGCCCCGUGCGCCCAAGAAGCACAGUGACAGCGUCCUCAGCGACGUCUUUAUUAGUUUGUACAUCAUAUACAGUUUAUAAUAAAGUAAACCAAUUGCAUACGG